AUGGCUGCGGUGCAUCGAUUCGCCGUGCUGCUGCUAGCCGUAGUCGCGGUAUGCCACGUCGGCCACGUGUCAGCACUCAACCCCGGGGAAGUGGGGCGAGCCAUUGACUUCAUCGGGAAGCGGCCGGAAUACAAGGCAAUCUUCAAAUUCGUCGACGAUUAUUUGAAAUCUCUCAUUCCGCUGACCGACCUGACCGUUCUGCUGCCCGCGAACAUCGCACUGCUUCGCAACUACACCAAGGACGAGCAGACGACGAUUCUAACGUACAACACGAUCGCCACGCGCUACAUCUUCCGCAACCUCACCGCCAUGCCGGCCGGCACGGAGCUCGACACUCUCGAGGGCGACACGGUCAUCAAGCGCGGCCCCAAGGGCCUGCCGGCCAUCACGUUCAAAGGCGCGGCGAAAUUGCCGAGCGUCGUGGCUUUGCCGAACCUGUGGGUUGGUACGGACUUCACGAUCCAGGGCACGAGCACGCUGCUCAUCCCGCCGGCGCUGCUUACACCCGAGGCUGAUACCAUCCGCGGUGCGGUCAGAGGAACUCUCCGCGGUACAGUAGGGUUCGCUUUGGAUGGCGCUGGCGCUCUUCUGAGGCCCCUUGUCGCCCACCCCUAG